AUGUCGUGUCUCAUUAACAUAAGCCUCUUCCACUGGCUAUUACAUCAAGCGGAAGUCAGCUUCCAGUCACGAGUGUGGGAUAUGGUGGCAACAUUCCUCUCAAAACCUGCAGCCGCGACGAGAGAGACGGAAGCGGCCUACUGGCUGAACGACAUUCUGGAUUCGAUCUGGCCAUUCCUCAAUCCGGAUAUCUUCAAGCCACUUACCAACAUUAUGGAAGCUACCAUUCAGGCGAAUUCUCCGCCGUUUGUCAGCGGCGUCAGCAUUGAGGAUAUGGGGCAGGGGUCGAAACCUAUCAGGAUUGUUGGUAUCAGACGACUACCCAAGCAGCCAGUGGAGGAGGAUGGCGAUGCGGGACCUACCAGUGGCGAAUUUUAUGACGAGAUAAUGACUCUCAAGCCAGGUUUGAAGAGCAGGGCUACUGAGUUGUCCACGUCAAGCAAGAGGAGUGCUGCCCGUGAGUUGCGGGAACGGCUGAAGAUGCUUCGAGAGAGGACGUCCGUCCAUGUCGAGGUCGCAUUCGACUAUGGCCGUUCGGAACGAGAUCGCGACGACGACGACUACCGCAAGCGCAUGCACAUUCUGCUUGUGUUCCGACUUGUCGGCGGCGUUCGGGUACCCGUCUGGAUCAAUAUGGACAAGAUUGUGGGCUUACUUCGAGCCAGAGUCCAACUCAAGCCGGAUCCACCUUUCGUCUCCAAAGCCGUCAUAUCACUACUGCGGAAGCCAGAGGUCCAAUUUGCCUGCCUUCCUCUUUUCAAAAGCAGCAUGAACGUCAUGGGCAUGCCGCUCGUUUCCACGUUGGUACAACAGGCACUGGAAACCGCACUGGCUGCAUACAUUUCACCAAGAAGUAUCAAUAUCGACUUGGGAGCUCUCCUUGUAGGCGAGACCACAUCACAAGAUGUCUACCCCUUGGGCGUCAUUAUUGCGAAAAUGCAUCAAGUGCAUCACCUGCAACCACCAUGGGCUCGAGAUGACUUCUCCUCCUUUCUUAGCGUCGGAUGGGCAAAGACUGGGGAUCCACUUUACAUUUACCGCACAAUCUAUUCCGAUAAAUCUCCCAGAUGGGAAGAAGGAAUGGCGUAUUGCGUAGGGCCAGAAGAAGUCAAUGCACAAGAUUCGCUCGAAGUUAACUUCGUCAGAAUUGGAAUCCUGGACAACGAAACGAUCAUCGGCUCGUGUAAAGUACUGCUUACCGACGUUAUCUCAAGCAUAGAAUACUCGGGCAAACUUCAACUACGGACGGAUGACCUCCUCUGUGAAGAUGAUGGCCAUUCUGUUGCGAAACUUGACUGGAGCAUCGGUUUCUUUCCCAAAGCGAGUGUCUCCUUGGAGCAACUACAACGGCAAAAGAUCUACCCACCGAUCAAAGAUCAUGCCGAAUUUGAGCAGCGUGUUGACAAGAUUGUCAAGUACAAGUUCCGCGAAGCACCUGAGUCCGCUCAAGACGAGUACGAACGAGAGAAGACUGCAUUCAUGCAAGAAGCCGAAUUGAAGAUCAUGAACAGCCAGCCGCCGGUGGAUCAGUAUCCGUGUGGGAUCCUUCACGUCGAAAUACCAUCAAUGAACUUCCUUUCGACAUCGAGAGCUGUGAGGGAAACGGAUGACUCGGACGAGAUGAUCUACGACGACGAGACUCCGGAUGCUCCGACAAGUUAUGCCAAUAUUUAUAUCAAUCAGCAUCGAGUUACCCGGACAUUGAUCAAACCGCGGAACUCUGAUCCAAACUUUGGUUCUGAGGUCUGGCGCUUUGUUCGUGACUGGCGCACGGCAGAAGUCAUUGUGGUUGUUCGAGAUAAGAAGAGGCAUAGGACUGAUACAUUUCUCGGCGCUGUGCGAAUUAAUAUUGCCGACCUAUUCGAACGAAAUCAGUCAUCUCGAGUACAAUUGGCGUUCCCAGUCGAAGGCGGCAUGGGGUCAGGACUGGCCAACAUGACAAUACUGUUCCGUGCCCUCAACAUGGAUCCACCACCGGAACAGCGGUCUUGGGACUACGGGACUCUGCAAGUCAGCAUGCCAACUGAUUCAGAUGGUACUCUGCAAGAGCUGAAGCACAGCCAGCUGACAAUAUGCAGCACUCUGGAAGAAUGGAAGCUGUAUCCAAACCACAGUCUGAACCCUCUGGCCAAAGACCCUCAUCAACUGGCUUGGUUCCCCAAAGACAAAAACAAAUCAACGGUCUCCUUCCCCAUCAAGAACAAAUACGCCGAACGGAUUACCUUCCAAUGGGGUCACGGCGCCACAAAGCGACACUGGUCUUCGGACAAAGUCGCGGCCUAUUCUUUCUGGAAGAUUGAGGAUCUCAUCGAGCAUCAAGAAAAGCAUCUGCGUGUUCCUGUCUAUACGUGUAGCGUCAAGUGGAUGGAUGACAGCGAACUGUGGCCGGAGAAUCAUGCGGAAAAGACUCCCAUUGGGUAUGUCGAGUUCUCGGUGGUGUUUCGGAGAGGCUUGACGGAGGAUCAUGCGAGGGAGAUGAAGAGUAAGGAUGUGGAAGAGAUCAUGGAGGUUGAGGAGGCGCUGGGCCCGAAUCCGCUGCUUACGAUGCGGCCAUUUUGA